AAGUGAAAGUUAUAAAAUACAGGCACAACAACGGACAGCUAUACAAAAUCAGGUCGACAGGAAAAGUUCCAAAAUGGCGGACUCUAAGACUCCGUUGUUGGGUUCUGGCCAGGCUGGAAGCGCGCCCGAACCUCCGGCUAAGCAGAAUGCAGCUCUAUAUUACGACUCCACACAGACUCCUGUUCAGAGAUAUCUACAGAUUUCCUUUGUUGCAACAGUAGUGAUCAUGGUUUUGGUGUCCCUUGUGUUGAGUUUGUACAGAGGAAUCUCCUACCAUUACAAUGGCGCCUUGUACCUCAUGCUUGGCAUCUGCAUGCUUGGACUAGCAGGUUUGGAAGUGUUGCUGAUCUACAUCAUCAGAAAGGGAGACUUUCCCAAAGAGAAGACGUGGUUCCUGUUCUUCAUGGGGUUCUGCAUCAUGCUGCAGGGGGUUUUCACCGACAUUCUUGUGUUUUACUAGGCAAGGUUCUGAUCCAUUCACUGUGCCAUGGGCAGGGCUGAAAAUACCUGCCUGUAACCUGCAAAAUGUUGAAAUUGCAGAAAGUAUAAAUUUUGAAUGAAAUGUUCAUAUGUGAUGGCAAA